GUGUGUGAGUGUGUGUGCGCUUGUGUUUGUUUGUGUGCGUGUGUUUGUGCUUUUGUGUGUAUGUGUUUGUGUGUGCGCUUGUGUGUGUUGGUUUGUGUGUCUGUGUGUUGUUUUGUGUUUGUGUGAGCGCUUGUGUGUGUUGGUUUGUGUGUUGUUGUGUGCUUUUGUGUUUGUGUGUGUUGGUUUGUGUGUUUGUGUGUUGUUUUGUGAUUUUUUUGUGUUUGUGCUUGUCUGUGUGUUUGUGUGUGCAUGUGUGUGCUCUUGUGUGUGUUGGUUUGUGUGUUUGUGUAUUGUUGUGUGCUUUUGUGUUUGUGUGUGUGCUUGUGUGUGUUGGUUUGUGUUAUUUUGUGUGUUUGUUUGUGUGUGCAUGUGUGUGUUUGUGUGUGUUGGUUUGUGUGUUGUUCUGUGCUUUUGUGUGUUAGUGCUUGUGUGUGAGUGUUUGUGUGCGUGUUUGUGUGUGUGUGUGUGUGUGUGUGUGUGCUUGUGCGUGUGUGUGCAUGCUUGUGUGCGUGCAUGUGUUUGUGCUUGUGUGUGUGUGUGUGUGUGUGUGUGUGUGUGUGUGUGUGUGUGUGUGUGUUGAGAGUAAUUUUAUCAGUCAGACACAGCUGUUGUCGAUGCUGCAGUCUUAACUCUUCCUCAGUCUGAUACUGACACUUAUAGAGACGCUUGUGACACUGUGUGUGAGCGAGUAUGAGGUGUGUUCUGCUUGUGUUGAAGGUUCUCCUGUCUGUGCUGUGUAGUGAGAUGUUUGUGGUUCAGGCUGUUUGUCCUCAGGUGUGUUCCUGCAGCGGUACUGUGGUAGAUUGCAGUAAACGCGGCCUCACCACGGCAACACUGCCCUCCUCUUUCCCUCCACACACCACUGAACUCCACCUGAAUGAUAAUCACCUGACUUCACUGCCCAAUGCCCUACUGGACUCACUGUCUGCCCUGCGCCAGGCGGUUCUCCACGGUAACCCGUGGUCAUGUGACUGCGGUGUCCUCUACCUGAGAGGAUGGCUUCUGAAACAGAGAAACAAUGAUUUGAUACGGAAUGUGAGCUGUAGUUCUCCUGCGCACCUGCGGGGGCGUCUGGUGGUUUAUCUGGUGGAGGAGGAGGUUUUGGAAUCAUGUCGUUAUUGGGUGUGUAAUUUAGCUCUGGCCUCUCAGAUCAGCCUCUUCAUCUUCAUCACUGUUCAAGUGCUCCUCCUUGUCUCUGUCAUCCUCUUCCUCAGACGGUUUAACCGGCUCACUCGAGAGGCUCGCCGCAUGGCUGCAGAGACAUUCACAGGAGAAGAUGAUGCUACUCAGACCAGUGAAUAUGUCACGUUAAAGGACAGGGACAUGUAGGACAAACAAAUUGGCUCAUUUCAAAAUUUUAUCAAUUUGCAAUAUUUAUAUUAAAUUGUCAUUUAAAGUGUUUAUUUAGAAUUGUAAUAUUUACUGUAAAUUGUACUAAUCAUGGAAAAUUUGGAAAAAAACAGUUUACAAAACAAAUUAUUCUUUAUAGUUGUACUUUGUGAAAAAAACUUUAUUAUAAACGAUACAUCGAUCCAUUUGUCACGAUGAAUUAAACCAUUUGAAUCUGUACCUACAUGUGUAAUGUGUGUG